AUGAACUCAACAGUUGAACAACUAAAGGAAGUUCUUAACAUGCCCAAUCCUCAGAAUUUUAGGAUCAAGACUGAUUUAGGUCAAAGGUGUAAAAGAUGUGCAGGAAGAUGUCAAAACAACCAUUAUAGCCUGGAUAGAGAGUAUGGAGAACUAAAGGUUGUGAUAAGCAACAUGCAAAAGCAUAAAGAGCCUAUGGAAUGCUUUAAACAUUCAACAGUAACCUAUCACCCAUCACAUAAUUGUAAUAAAGCUAAAUGUGAAAGAUGUGGAUCUUGGGGACAUAGUAAGGAGGUAUGCAAUGAUAAGUUAUACUAUUGGAAUAGGUUAUACCUAUGCAAAUGUGAUGGAAGGAGAUGUAAAAGACGAAGAUCAGAAACCCAAUUUAAAGGAGGCAAUCAUUGUUGCACUUGCCAGAAACCUGUAGUAUUCUAUGAGGCAUACAGUAAUUAUAAAAUAGGAAAAUUAAGAUGCAAUGAAUGUCACGAGAAUAGUGUUAAUAACAAAAGACCACCUACACCAGAUACUGACAAAUGUAACAAAAAGCCCAAAUUUAAUAUAUCAGAACCUAAAGACCCAAUGCAAGAUAUGGAGUUAGACCCACCAAAGCCCCAAAAUAAGGGAAAAGGGAAACAAAAAUACACUGAAAUCAAAUGUACAAAUUGUAACAGAAAGGAAAGCCCCAUCAAUUGUAUCAAUAAUUUAGUUUGCCGACUACAAACCGAUGACUUCGAGUCAAGAUCAUCAAUAGCUAUAGUAUGUGGAGAGGAAUGUAAUGGAGUGUUAACUAUUAUGAAUAUGAUUAACAAGGAUAAAUCAGGAAAACCCCAAUCCCAAUUAAUUCAAGAGAAAUUACAAAUCUGGAUAUAUAAAUUUGGAUAUGAUCCAGAAGAUGAAGAUGAUAAGAGUGAACAACAGGAUAAAAUCAAUAAAAUGUCAGGAAAAAUCCAAAAAUACCUUAAUAAAGAGUUCAAGGGAAGGAUAUUUUCUGAAUAUCCAAAAGAAAAGAUUGAAAAAGCUUUGGAUGUUAUAGUACCACCAGAGAUAACAGAUAUGAUAUCUGAACAUAUAGAAAAUAAAGAAUUAACCCAAACUAAAGAGAUCAGACAACCAUGGGAAUUGAAUGGAGAAUUCAUAUGGCCAGAAGAAGAAUUAUUAGAAAACCCCAUUCCUAUAAUGGAUAUAAUUCAAGAAGUAAAUCCCACCGAUAACAGAAUAAUUGAACUUCAAAACCAUAUUGCAAAACUAGAAAAUGAAAUUGCAAUAAAGGACCAAAUGAAUGAAGGAUUAAGGAAUCAAUUAGAGGAAACCCAAUAUCAACUUAACGAAACAGCGAGAAUGUGCAAUGAAAAUGCAAAUAUGGUGAUGAACGCUCAAGAGUGGAUGAAAUAUUUCAAAAAUAAAUAUGACAGAAGAAAUAAACGGAGGAUAGAGGAAUUAGAGCAAGAAAUAAAUUUUGGAAACGUGCUAUUUAAUCAAAUAAUAGAUCUUAAUAUAACAAUUAGUUCAGACAUAGAUGUAGAUCCUUUCAUGGAAAACAUGGAACUCUUAAGAUAUUAA